UUUUCAAUAUCUGGCGCGUGAUGUCUACUCCUGAGGGUGUUUUGUUGCCAGAUGGCAGGAGGAUCGGAGAUCUAAAGGUUGCUGAUCUCCGAAACCAACUGGAGAUUAGAGGUCUUAGUCGCUCAGGAGUGAAAAAAGACUUGUGCGCACGCCUAUCAGAUGCCGUGGAUGGAGAAUUGCGUCAAAUGAAAAAUGAGUCUGGAUCUGUUGCUAAGUGUGUAGAAUCAGAAGACCCCCUUGGUGGUAAUAAUAAUGUACAAAACGAAGAUACUUUAGAAAUUGAUGCAGUCGCAUCGGACGAAGAAAUUACUGAAGUAUCUACAUCUGCUGAUGUAUCCGAGGUCAACAUUGAAAUAGCUGUAAGUUUAACUGUUAAUAUUUGAUACUUGAUAUAAUCUGUUCUUAAUAGCGUAGGAAAAAUCAGUUGUAGUAUGAUUAUGUAUAGAUGUGUUUAUAGAUUUGAGAUCAUUUGUAGCAUUUAUAGUGGAUUUAUGCAAUUAUAUGUCAUUUUAUUAUUUUUUGUUGUUAAAUAUGUUAAUAAUUUACCGAAAACCUUCCUUCUUUAUCCUUCGUCACUGGUGUUUGUUUUGCCUUUUUUGUACUUGCCUAAAUGUACUCCUUGUUCCUGUUUAUACUCGCUAGUCGUUCACACAUGAGAUGGUCGCAUUCGCACUACGCGUUUGUUAGACAGCACGCUUACUGAUGUCUCACCUAAUCAGUCAAUUGGGGCAACCUAUAAUCCAAUCAUAUACGGCCUUUGAUUAUAACGAUGGCUAUACUUUUCGAAAUUCAACUCUGUAACUCUUCUUACUAUGCUGGUCGUGUUGCAUAUGGAUUGUGUUGAAAAAACUUCAUAUUUGAAAAUUAUUGACAAUUGUUACGCAAUCCCUUUUUCACUAACCAAUGUUGAAAUAAAAAGACAUCCUAACAGCAUAAAUAUUUAGUAUCUUUAAAUCCAAACUGUUGUUGUCUAAACUGUCGUUAUCGAACAGAAUCAAUUGUAUUGCCCGACAGUAAUUAUUCUUUCGUUUUUCUUAAUUGACAUUUUGCCCUUUUUCAUUCAAUAUCUCAGUUCUCGUUUUUUGUACAUUUACAAUUGCAAAACCUUCGUGAUUUAAUCUCACAUGAACUAAGGCGCUUUUUUUAUUUCAAACUCGAUUUGUUUUAUUUUGUAAAAGAUUUGUACUAUUCCAUUUCUUAUUCUAUCAGCGUCGUUUCUUAAUCUGGUUACUUUAUAGAAAAUCAUUCAUUCCUCCUUUCGGUAUUGUACCACUAAACAUUCAACAAUCCACCUACCCCAAUUGUAAUAUUUCUUAAUUUUGAUAACGAUUUCUUUGAAAGACAAUCCACAUAAUAACAUUGUUCUACAAAUCAGUCUUUUGUAUUAUUAUUGUUAUUAUUACCAGAUCACUUAUUGGUCUUCUUAACUUAAUUCGAUGAAUAUUUUCAAGUGACAAUUUAUUUAAUUACACUUCAAAACACUCAUUUUCUCUUACUAAAAAUUGACAAUUAUGUAAUGAAAGACUUAUGGUCAUGAUACUACAGAACAAAUUAUUUUUAUACAUCUCGAUAUUCGAUGGUAUAAUUCUCAGAAGAACCGCGUAUAGUGAUGUGUACUCUACGUGAUCUGUCAAGUAUAUGUAGAAACGAAGUUUCAGAUCCUAACAACUCAGGAGUGUCGGCUGAAGUAUCGAACUUCGAGGUUACCGAUGGUACACAGGUUUCAGACCCACCUAUUUCGAUUGCAACUGAUACCAAAACAGAAGCGGAAGCACAACCAGUACGUAGAAGACAGUGGGGGUCACGCUCAAUCGCGAGCACCCCAUCAUUGUCUUCAGAAUCUUUAGAGAAACUCAUACCAACUUCAUGUUGGAUACGAAGUAAAAGUACAGUGAUAGAUAAUGAAAAUGAUGAAGUUUCACGCACAUCACCUGUCUCUAUUCAGGACACCGUCAGUCAUAUUGAUGAGUCAAAUGAGAAAUGUGAACCGUUUAGUGAUGAUAUUGAUGAAAAUGCGAAAGAGGAAAAUAAUGAGUUUGAUCAUAGAAUUAAAAAUAAAUUAUUCACCGAUCAUAAAAAUAAUCAUAAUAUUAAUGAAGAGGACAGUUCCGACAACAGAAUUAAAGACAAUAGUAAUAAUAAUAAUAGUGAUCGUUUACAUCUUGAGCGUGAGCUUGAAUUAGAAGUAGAUGCAGUUGUAGAAAACAUGGAUACUUAUGAUGACAAUAAUAACCCUAUUGAAGAAAUUUCAGUUGCAUAUGAUUCUCGUACUGUUCAUUUAUCGUCAUCUGAUAUAAGCCCAAAAUUAGAUGUCAUUAUCAAGCGUGGAUGUGUUGUUAAUACUGCUUCUACUACUACAACUACACUUAAUAUAACACCAACACCACCAAUAACUAUUGCUGCUAUGACUACAGGCAUAAAUGUUAAUUAUCCUACUAUUACACAGUCUACCAAUCAAAUGACAACAAAAAUAGGAGAAGGACUGCAAUCGAAUUCAUGUCAUUUAACUCAAACAAAGAAAUCACCACCGCCUAAACGUAAAGGUCCCAAAGAAACAAAGGCUGUAGGCUAUUUGGUGGAACCACCAGAGCGUAUUGAACCCAUACAACCUGCUAAGCAUCCACAAACGGAUAUUGUUUAUAUUCGCUUUCUUGUACGACCAUUUACUGCUGAACAAUUGCGUCAAAUGGUUGUAACUCAUUUCGGUCCAGUUGUUGAUCUAUGGCUGGAUAAAAUCAAAUCAUCUUCACUUAUACGCCUGCAAACAGUUGAAUAUGCUGCAAAAUGUCGUGACGGAUUAGAUGGAAGUCGUUGGCCAUCAAUGAACCCACGUGUGUUACGCUGCGACUACGCAAGUACAGAUUUAUUUGAAUGGAUGAAGGUCAACGGAGAUUCUAGUGAUCUUCAACCACCGAAGCAUUUGUUACUUGGUGACGCUUCUUCAAAUACAGAGAUUUCCAUAGUGGAAGCUGAUAAAUCGGAUAAUGGUUUUACGACAUCCACCGACCAAGAAAAAAAACCUACCGAUCUAAGACGAAAAUUAGAACGAAGCAAUCGAGACAUAGAGCAGCCACUUUCUGUUACCAAAUCUCUACAAGGUGAAAAUAAAGAGUCUCCAAUAGCUGAAGCGAAACCUAAAAGUGAAGAACCUGCAAAGUUGUUGAACAAUUUAUUUCGUAAGACAAUCGCCACUCCUUCCGUCUAUUGGCUUCCUUUAACACCUGAACAGGUUAAUCGACGAAUAAAAAAAUCUGUUGCUGAGAAAUCGGAUGCUAAAAAAACCACAAGCCGACAUUCCUCACAUCCAUCAGAAGAGCCAGUACAAAAAGCGACCCGUAGUCCAUUUGCUAAUUCUUCUUCAUCUUCGGCUUCUCCUCCUUCCUAUCCUUCUAGUUGUAUUCCCAAUCAAUCUCGCAGGAAUCCAACCACAGAUCGUAGCUCUAGACCAAAAAUCCCAGAUGCAAAGUUGUCCUCCAACUUUAAGUCGAGUGGUGACAUUGUUAGACAUAAUUCGACCAAAAAACCAGUAUCAGGUAAUGUAUUGUAUGACAGUAAACGUUCAACUUCUGAAUCUAAACCGAAAUCUACCAGAGAUUCAAAAGGUGAGAGUCGUGACAUCGUAGCAGACGACAAUAAACAACAAGGUCGGUUGUCAAAACAAGAUACUACAUCUAAUAAUCCUACUUUGUCGAAAAUUGAUAAACCAUCUGAUAAUAGUCGCAAAAAAGAAUUGUCUCCAUCUACACAUACGCGAAAACGCCGUUACUCAAAGACGGAUAGCGAUGAUAAAGAAGCGAUUCCUUCAAAACAAAGUCGACCGAGCUUGACAUCAUCUGGUGAUUCAUCUGUUGUAGGUGAGGCAUUGGCAGCCUAUAAGAAGAACCAUAUGGGGACACAACAUCAUCGUUCGGAACACCGUAGACGUUCAUCCAGCAAUCGUCAUAGUUCUCCAAACCGUCGUAGUAGCUUUAAGAAUAGUUUUCCAGAAGGUUCUCGUGUCAAAAACAAGACAGAUUCUAUGUCACAUUCUCGUGACAGCGGUCGACGUCGUUCACGUUCAUUAAACCAAAGACAUCGUUCUCGAUCUACUGAACGUAGAGAUCGUUCCUCAUCAAAUCGUUAUCGAUCACGACGUUGACUUAGUGUUUUAUAUCAUUUGGAUCAAUAUUCAUACACAUACAUACAAAUGCAUUGUAUAUGGCAUAAAAUCUCAUUGUUUUUUGCUGACGUUUUCUUCUUGUGUUAUAAUUCUUCUCUUUGUUAUCCGAAAAAUAUAUUGUUUUGUCAUUUUGUGAUGACAUUGUCAGUUCAAUGAAAUAUGAACAUGAAAUUUUAUUCAUUUUGCAUUUCUACUUUU